CAAUUCUACAAGCUGUACGAACCGCCACUCUCUCAAUUAUUGCAAAUAGAAACUCCCACAAUGUCCAUCCAGAGAAUCCCCUACUCCGCUCCCCGCGAAGAGUUCAUCAGCGCCCUCAAGCGCGACGGCAGCGUGAUAGUCCAGAACUUCACUACCCUCGAGACACUCGCUCAAGCCCGGCGCGAAGUCGAGCCCUACCUGAACAGGGACAGCAACAGCGAAGUCGGGGCCCUCAACGGCGGCACAAAAACAUGCACCCGCCUCGUCGGCCGCAGCAAGACCGUGCGCGAGCAAUUCUUCUCAGACCCCCUGUAUCAAGAUCUAGCAGAAAUAUUCCUCGCUAUAAAGACCACAAACUGGUACAAUGAGGAGCCCUCUACAAACACCACGCACCCGCUGCUCUCGAUCGCUAUAACGAUGGAUAUCCGCCCCGGCGCACCAGCACAGAAACUCCACCGCGAUGAUAAAAACCACCAUGCGCGCCACGCGAAAGUCCACGAGUACCACGAAAACAGAGACAUGCUGCUCGGCCUCUUCGUACCGGGAUGCGACACGACCAGGGAAAUCGGCGCAACGCGGAUCGUACCGGGGAGUCACCUCUGGGGCGACGAGAGGCCUGAUUUCGGACCUGACGGGAACAAGGGUGUUGUUGAUGCGGAGCUGAAAGCUGGCGAGGCGUUUAUCAUGCUUGGGAGUCUGUAUCACGGCGGUGGGCAUUUCUCGGCCAAGGAGGGGAGCCGCAUGGUGCAUAUUAUGUUCAUGUGUGGCGGCAUCUACAGGCAGGAGGAGAUUUCGUAUCUGGUGUAUCCGGCUGAGGAUGUCAAGACCUAUUCGAAGCUCGUGCAGCAGAGGCUGGGAUGGCAGCAGUCGGAGCCAAACUUGGGCUGGGUUGAUCUUGUGUCGCCGGAGGCGUUGUUGGUUGAUUGAUAUUGCUUCUAUUUAACUAAUUGAACGGUGUACGCAUUUCGAGUUAACUAUACGCUGUCUUGAGCUAGAUUCUGGAGGACAUCAUCUGGUUAGAAGAAUUAGGGGAAUAAUCUGGCAAACGACAACAUAGUAAAUUAUAUAAUUGAACGUGUUGAAGACCCCU